CUCCAUCACAACUUAAAGUACUAGAUACAGUGUACUACAGUGUAGUGCACAUGGACAAAGUAGAAUUUCUAAAUAGAGAUCAUUUUCUGGGUGCAAAGGUCAAAUGCAAAAGAUUAAAGAUGAUGAAACGUUCUCUACAUGUUUUCAAGGCAGCCAGACAUGCUAGAAGCAGGGGGCUUGGUUCUGCACGAUUUACAGCUGGUAUUCACAGUACAGCCAUACGCCAACAUGCAACGCACCCCCAAAUCACCACCCACCCCUCUGUAGUACAACGAGAGAAUGACUCAAGAUGGGAAGGUGUGGACAUGGACCGAGUGUCCGAUGAGUGUGACGUUGUGAUAGUAGGUGGGGGGCCAGCUGGACUCUCAGCAGCCAUCAGACUUAAGCAGCUGGCAGAGGAGAGUGGGCAAGAUUUCAGAGUAUGUCUUGUCGAGAAGGCUUCUGAGAUUGGUUCUCACACAUUGUCUGGAGCUGUUUUGGAACCAAGAGCACUGCAAGAAUUGUUUCCAGACUGGAAGGACAGAGGGGCUCCUCUACACACUCCUGUCACCAAGGACAAGUUCUACAUUCUCACUCAGAAGUCGCAGAUUCCAUUACCAAUGUUUCUUCCAGGUUUACCUAUGAACAACCAUGGCAACUAUGUGGUGAGACUCGGUAAUGUGGUGCGCUGGCUGGGGGAGCAGGCAGAGCAGCUGGGAGUGGAGAUAUACCCUGGAAUAGCUGCCAGUGAGGUGUUGUACCAUGAAGAUGGCAGUGUUAAGGGCAUAGCUACAGUCGAUGUUGGGAUAGCUAAAGAUGGCUCUCCCAAGCCUACCUUUGAGCGUGGAAUGGAACUUCAUGCCAAACUGGUUCUGUUUGGUGAGGGCUGUCAUGGCUCUCUGGCUAAGACACUCUACAAAAACAAGAGCUUUAAAUUGCGAGAGAAUUGCCAGCCACAAACAUACGGCAUUGGGAUAAAAGAGCUCUGGGAGAUAGAUCACUCAAAGCACAACCCUGGCCUUGUUCAGCACACAAUUGGCUGGCCCAUGAAUCGUUCAACGUACGGAGGGUCAUUCAUGUACCAUCUCAAUGAAGGGGAUACUCCUCUCGUUUCUGUUGGAUUUGUGGUGGCCCUGGAUUAUGACAACCCACAUCUCAGUCCGUUCAAAGAGUUUCAGCGUUGGAAACUCCACCCACAUGUACGAUCGACCUUUGAAGGUGGAAAAAGGAUUGGCUACGGGGCACGUGCCUUGAACGAAGGAGGGCUUCAGAGCCUGCCUAAGCUAGCGUUCCCCGGUGGUGCUCUCAUUGGGUGCAGUCCUGGGUUCAUGAAUGUACCUAAAGUGAAGGGGACUCACAAUGCCAUGAAGACUGGUAUGCUAGCUGCUGAGAGUGCUUUUGAAGCACUGAGCAAAAGCUCUCCUGAUGACCAAGGUAUUUACCUCGAGUCAUACGAGGCUCGUGUCAAGAAUAGUUGGGUCUGGAAUGAGCUCAAGCAGGUCAGAAACGUUCGGCCAUCGUUUAAUACCCCUCUUGGCUAUUGGGGAGGGAUUGCUUAUGCUGGACUUUUUAAUUGGAUACUGCGUGGCAAGGAGCCGUGGACUCUCAAACACCACGGGACGGAUGCCAACUCUUUAAAACCUCUCGAGUCAUGCUCACCCAUAGACUACCCCAAACCAGAUGGUGAAAUCACCUUUGACCUACUUACAUCUGUUGCUCUAACCGGUACCAAUCACGAGGGCGACCAACCACCCCACCUCACACUUGCAGAUGACAGCGUACCCGUCGAGAAAAACCUGGCCGUUUAUGGAGGACCUGAGCAGAACUUUUGUCCGGCUGGUGUCUAUGAAUAUGUGGAGAGAGAGGAUGGACAGGGAACGAGACUGCAAAUUAAUGCACAGAACUGUAUUCACUGCAAGACUUGCGACAUCAAGGACCCCUCUCAGAACAUCAACUGGGUACCACCCGAGGGGGGUGGCCCUGCAUAUAGUGGCAUGUGACACUGGCUAUAUUAAACAAUAUUGCACAUAGCUAGCUAGUUUAUAAGAUUUUACAUUUAUUGUGGACUAUGCAAUCUAAUUAUCAUCCGAUCAUCAUAAUUAUUAUAAUUAUUAUAGUGAGUGCA